AUGACGGUCUGUAUUUUCUGGACAGGACUUUUACCUUGGAGAGACCGCAAAUUCUGCAACGGCAAGACCCUUUGCCUCUUUGUAUCUUCCACCAUCGCCACCACCACCACCUCUUCCACCAUUACCAUUACCAUCACCACCACCACCUCUACCUCUACCUCCUCCUCUUCCUCUUCUUCCUCUUCCUCUUCCUCUUCCUUUUCUUCUUCCUGCUCGUCCACCAAGGAUCCGCCCGGCGGCGUGAGCGAGCAGCGCGAAGGCAGACACGAUUUUGUUGCUCGCCGCGUGGCCCCCCUGUCAAGUCUACUGGCAGGCUGGCACUCGUACGGAGGCCGGCGCGGCAGGCUGCACAAAGAUGUAGCUAAGUCAACGGUCCUGAGCUGGCGCGGCCCAAUCAGCGUGCUAGAGUGGCGGCUGCCAGUUGCGGCCCUCUCGUCUGACGGCCGCUCCGUGCCACCCAGAACCACAGGUGCGGUCUUGGUUACGCGCCUGAGGUGUAGUGGUGGACCUGGUGGUCCUAUUACUACUGUACCCGACUACAUGAGGUACUACCUACCUUACCUGACCUUACGACGCUGUCGGCUGAUGUGGUCAUCACCACUCUUUUGGAGAGUGACUCAACCACCGGUCCGCAGUCACCGCGGCGGGCUCAUCGGUCACUCUCAGUUAGGUAGACAUGUGCCUGGCACGCCUGCACCUGCACCUGCAACUGCGCCGACGGGUGCAGGGAGGGCUGGGCUGGGCAGAACAGGCCAGGCCAGGCCGGCAAGGCCCUUCCCAGCAGCAGCAGGCCACAGGCCGCCGCCCGAGCACGGAAAGAGGCGCCGGCACGAUCAUCGCUUGCAGCGCUAG